GAAGGACCAUUUAUAAAAAAUUGAAACUGAACUUAUCGAUAUUUAUUUUACUUACUUGACUCAAAAGUCAAGCGCGUGGCGGCGACCGAAUCCAUGUCCGAAACCGUACACCUGUACAUACCUCGGCAAUUCUGAUUGGCUGAGAGCAAAAGGCAACCGUCAUUCCUCCGCCAAAUCCCACUCUCACAACUCCACGCGCCUCCGUUACAGUCAAAUUUCUUAUAAAACGGAUUCCGCCGCAGAAGAGGGUACAUGUCGUGAUAAUGAAGUUGGUGGUGGAGGCUCGUCGUUUGUGGGCAGUGAUGCUGGCGGUGGCUGCGGCGUUGCCGGCGGCGCGUGGAGUGUGGCUGAAAAUGCCGAGCUCUGGGCGGAAGUGCGUUUACGAGGAGUUGCAGAGCAACGUGGUCGUUAUAGGCGAUUACUAUUCCUUUUACGGUGACGGCGACGCUAAUUACACUACGCAUCCCACCCUUACCGUUAAGGUUUCAUCCCCGUUCGGGAAUAAGCUGUAUGAAAAAGAGGGAGCUCGGCACGGCCAGUUUGCCUUGACGACGAACGAGCCGGGGAAUUACAAGGCAUGCUUUGUGGUGGACAGCGGCGAUCAGAGUGGUAAACCAGUGACGGUAGGCUUAGAAUGGAGAACGGGGAUUGCUACAAAAGAUUGGGACUCCGUUGCAAAGAAGGAAAAGAUUGAGGGUUUGGAUCUUGAAAUGAAAAAGCUUCAGGACUAUGUGCAGGCUAUCAAAGACAAAAUGAUUCAAUUGAUGAGCAAGGAACUGAAGAUGAGGAGUGUGAUUACUCGGACAAACACCCGCGUGGCGCAGUACAGCCAGGCAUCCCUUGGUGUCUGCAUCUUGGUUUCAGCUCUCCAGCUCUGGUAUUUGAGGAGAUACUUUCACCACAAAAAACUCAUUUAGAGAAUCACACAUUUAAUAUUUUUAGUAUACAAAAGGAAGGCCCAGUGUUAUAUGUGACGUUUGAGACAUUUAUGUCAUCGUUUCAGAAACUCAAUUCUCUUAAAUUCAGAAUUAAUUAAUCUGCUCUA